AUGAAAAAGAUUUGUGAUGACGAACGUUUUGCAGUGUUAUUUUUGCUAGGCAACAUUUGUUCACUCUAUGGGAUGAAAAAACCGACAAGAGCGACAACUGAUGACACUAAUGAUUCUAGAAAACUCUUCUGGUAUUGCCUUCUUCUGACAAAUAAAAUCCCAACUGCAAUACGUGAUAGUCAACAGAUAAACCAACAUUUUUGA